AUGCCUGCAUUUAACUUACAUUAUUUCAGAAGAUAAUCAUCUGCUGUUACAAAAUAAAAUCCUCAAUCAAAGAAAUUGCUGAACGAAGAAACUCAUCAGUCUAGCGGAAUUAGUUAAACUGCCAAUAAUUUUAACUAAACGCAAAAAUCUCAAAGAAUUGCAAUCAGAACCUAGUCUAGAGACAAGAAGACUUCUGUUGAUCCAUACAAAAAUCUGAUAACCUAGGUUUAAAGAAGCGACUAAGUUCCAGCUGCUGCACCAGUUGUUGCACUGCCCAAAACUCAAAAUGGACAUAAAAAGUAAUAUACUCAUAUCUAAUAACUCAAAAACAGCAACUCCAAUAAUGCUAAUUAGCAAAUUUCUUAAGCAAUCCCUGAAGGCUAGGGAUUAUUGGGAACAAGAUCAAAGUAGAAUGCUCAUAAGAAAACUUUGGUUUUAGAUUUAGAUGAAACUUUAGUUCAUUCAUCCUUUAAGCCUCCUGAGCAGCCUGACAUCGUUUUGCCCGUUGAAAUUGAAGGUAAAGUCUGUUAUGUGUACGUCCUCAUUAGACCAGGAGCCAUUACAUUUCUUGAGUAACUUGCAGAAUACUAUGAACUUGUGAUAUACACUGCCAGUUUAUCGAAAUAUGCAGAGCCCCUAAUGAAUAUUUUAGAUUAAGGAGAAUGGUGCAGUCAUCAUUUAUUCAGAGAACAUUGCACGUUUUACAAUGGAAUAUUUGUUAAAGAUAUGACUUAACUAGGAAGACGAAUGCAAGACAUAAUUAUAAUUGACAAUUCUCCAAGCUCAUAUCUAUUCUAGCCAGAGAAUGCUCUACCUAUCUUAUCAUGGUAUGAUGAUAAAGAGGAUUAGUUACUUUACUAGUAUAUUCCGAUGUUAAAGGAAUUAUCAGAUGUUGAUGAUGUAAGACCAUUUAUUAUGGCUUCUGUUAAAGAUAACAUUUUGGAUAUCGACAAAGCCAUGUAGCUACUUAAAGCUUAUAAGGAUUAAUAAGAAUAAAAUAUGCUUAAGAGUAGUAAAUUAAUAUCUUCUAUUAGUAGUAGUGGGGUAGCUGGUAUUGGGGUUGCAACAAGCUCUACCACAACAGAAAAUUAGAGUGAAAAUAAUGGCAGUGUAACAAACUCGUAAAAAUAGCUUCCAGGACCAAAUAGUAAUUCAAUUGUUGGAAUGAAAAUCUAAGAGACCCAGGUUAAAAAGGGGGAGUAAAAAAGUCCCAAUAAAAAUUUAAGUAAAACUUAAAGAGUGAUUACUGGAAUAAGUCAAACAGUUAAGUAAGAUAAAGACCGUAAAGUCAUAGCAAACCCAGUCAUUAACUAGAGAGAUGGAACAUCUUCAGCAAAGAGGUUCAUUGCAUCUGCUAAGUAGAAGUUAAAGAUUGAACCAACAGGUCAUCUCUUAUAAAAUAAUGCAUAAGAUCAAAACAAUGCAAUUAAAAAGCUUAAAAGACCUCUAACCACAUCCAAAGACUCCAAAACUUAGGCAAUAGAUAAAUCCAAUAAAUAAUUAUCUGAUAUAGGCUAGCCAUCUGCAAAUUUGCAAAGAAAGUAAAUAUAAGUAGUCAGUUAAUAGCUACAAAUUGAAACUGAAAAUAGCUAAAUGUAAAUAACAGACAUUUAAGAUUUUCCCUCCAGUGAAUCGACUCCAUAAUAGACACCAGAUCUAGAGCAUCCAGCAAAUCAAAUCAACAAAAUCAUGCUUAGCGGUCCAGUUCAACUUGUGAAUUGUAGUUAGAAGAAGAAAUUAAUUAGUGAAAUCGCUACAAAUUAAUCAUCUAGUCUUACAAGAGAGUAGAUCAUUCAAAUGAGAAAUCUGAAAAAGCAGCAAUUCUAACCCGAUCAAAUUAAUUUUAUCAAUUAAAAACAGAAAACUAAUUAAAGCUAAUAAAAUAAGACCACUAUUCAAGAUUAUGUUGAGACUGGAUUGACUACUAAUAAUGAUGUAGCUAGAAAUGGUAAGAUCUCAUCCUUGAACAAGAGAAGUAACAGAAUAGCAAAUAUGUAGAAUGGUUCCUCAACUAGCAAUAACAGUAAUCAUGUAAAUCUACACCACUAAAAUAAUAACAAUAACAAUCAGUAAACUUCAGCCAUGAGACCAAAACCAAGUAUUAACAUAAAUGAAUAGAGCCCGUUCAGGGCAAGAGGGUCUUAAGCUGGUAUGGAAAAUGGUAUAGUCAUGCCUCAAUCUAGUGCUUAUAGCUAGUCAGCCAAGAAUUAGAGUGCGUAAAGAGAACAUUAAAUGAUCAAAUCAUAGUCUUAGAUGUCCUCUUAAACCCCAAGUAAACAAAGUGCUCUCAGCACUAGACAUAGAGAGUCUCACUGUGAUAUCCCAGGAGAGGAUGGAGUAAUCUAAAAAGUAUACAAUAGUCAAACAGAAAGUAGCAUCAAUAGAACUCCUAAGUCUGAAAUUAACUAGCCUGGCAAGCUUUUUGAAAAAUCUGGUACUAGAGGAAACUCAAGCACAAACCAAAUAACUCAUAACUCAUCUAAUAAAAAAAUAGAUGAUAAUUCUCUUUCACAUACACAGCCAAAGAUUAUGAAUUUCAACUCAAGAUUUAACAACAAUGGCAAUUUUAGCAAGGGAAAACCGAAUAAUGCAGACUAGCAACAAUAAUAGUUCACUAAUCUGCUCAGACAAAAGAUCGAUUUUAAGAACAUCGAUAUCAACGAUUCUUCAUAGUAAAAUUUCAACUCAUAACUGUCACCUACCAACAAUACUCUUAGCAUAUUUAAGAUAAAUUCACCAAAGAAUAAUAUAGUCGGAAGCGUGCAUUAAUCUUAGCAAUAAAAUAAGACUCAGACCGAUCACUUGCGAUAAUACUCAACAAAUGCCAUGAAUUUAAAUAACAGUAAUUAAAGCUAGCAUCUACUGCAUAAGAGUCAUGUAUAGGAGGAAGAGAAUCAACAAUAAAGUAGUAUUAUAAUGAUGCAUCACAAGGCACAACUUUCAUCUUAAAUAAGAAAUGCUGACAAAUAAAAUAAUAACUAUUCCCAACGAAUAGGGGCAAUUAACAGAAUAAAUAAUAACACCCAUCAGUAUCAUGGAUAAAAUGUUAAUGGUAAUCAUAGUAACAUACACUAGUCAACCAUAAACUCCAAUAAUAUAUAGCUUUGA